AUGUCUUUAAUACUGAAAGAGCACUUGGAAUGGAUCAAGAAGAAAGUCAAAGGCGAAGAACAUUCCACGUUUGAAAACUUCGUUGCUCACUUCGACUUGAGUUAUUCCCUGUCGGCGACGAGCGCAUACACGCGACUCAUUGCGUUCCCAGAAAUUCGAUUACCCAGGCGACAAAAGCUUCAAGCGUCAUUCAGCGAUUUUCGCAAGCACAGGGCAGACAGAUUCUGGUCGAAAUUCAAAGCCCUGGUCAACUCAGAGGUGGUAGCCAAUGAUGCCUUGGUUUCUGUGCAAGAGUUUGGCCAAAGACAGUCUAAAAUCAUUCUCGAUCGAUUUACGCUGACUGCGCUUGAUCCUCUUGCGGAGGCACUAGGAGAGAGAUCAAUUGCAUCGGAACCUAUCCUUUCCGUCAAUGAAGGAACUGCGGAUGUAUCGGAAUGUAUCCCUGCUGACACGAACGCGCAAAGUGGCUCUGCUGCUAUCGACUUGGAUGCUUCCAGCAGUAGCAUGUCUGUUUUAAAGCGAUCUACAUCGAUAACACAACUGAAUACAUUCGUCAAUUGA